AUGGCUGGUAGCGGAACACCAAUUCUGGGUAGCCUGUUUGUAUAUGCCCCCAAUAAAGCAGCACCCAUCUUUUUUACGGUUGCCUACGCUCUCUCAGCGGUUGGUCAUAUCUGGCAGUGUUUUUAUUAUAAAUCAUGGAAGCUGAUCGGACUGCACCCAGUCUGCGCAGUGCUAUUCACAAUUGGCUAUGCCAUGAGGGAAUAUAGCUCCUUCAACUAUAUAUACACUGGCAGCAUGACGACCCUUAUCGUCUUCAUCCUUGGUCAGGUCUUUAUAUAUGUUUGUCCUCCACUUCUCGAGCUUGCCAACUACCAUAUUUUGGGAAGAGUGCUAUUCUAUGUACCUCAUCUUGCACCGUUCCCUCCAGGCAAAGUUGUUUCCACGUUCGGGUUCGUGAUGGUAGUUGUUGAGACUCUGAACGCGUUAGGGGUUGCUCUCAGUUCCAACCCGUCAUCAGAUUUGAGCCAACAACAUCUUGGGAGCAAUUUAACCAUUGCCUCGCUAUCGCUUCAAUUUGCUGUGAUAUUCACCUUUCUAGUGCUAGCAGGCACCUUACAUCGCCGAUGUAAUAAAGCCAAGAUCCGCUCCAGAUACUCCAGGUCCAUUACUACUAUGCUGAUAGCUCUCUAUAUAAGCAUGUGUUUGAUCCUAAUUCGCUGCAUUUAUCGAUUAAUAGAGCACCUGGGAAAUACGGCAGUGGAUCUCGAAGAUAUAGAAAAACUCAGAAACUUGAGUCCCAUUCUACGGAACGAAUAUUACUUCUACAUAUUCGAGGCUUCCCUUAUGCUCAUCAACUCUGUUCUGUGGAAUAUAUGGAACCCAUCCCGCUUCCUUCCUCCGGAUCACCGUAUUCAUGUGACCAAAAAUGGCAACGCGGAAGUUAUGGCAGAGGAUGGCAAGGAUAGUCGAUCAGUAUUAGCAAAAGCAGGGCAUAUCUUGACGUUUGGCAUACUUUUUGGCAGGAAGACGGCGGUUCGACCCUUGCAUGAGCCUCCUGAGACUGAGAUGACGCCUGCCUCAGGCGGUCGGCUAAGUUGA